AUGGAUGUGUCUACAUACUAUACGGCUCUACUUACUUUGUGGGAAGAACAUAAGAACUAUGUAGAGCUUCCUGUUUGCACAUGUGGUCGUUGCGAAUGUGAUGCAGCUGCAAAAUGGGAAAGGUUGCAACAACGAAGUCGUGUGACCAAGUUCUUGAUGGGUUUGAAUGAAAGUUAUGAUCAAGCUAGACGUCAUAUACUAAUGCUCAAGCCGAUACCAACUAUCGAAGAGGCUUUUAACAUGGUCACACAGGAUGAACGACAGGUUGUAGUUAAACCGACGACUAGUAUUGAUAGUGUUGCUUUUCAAAGUGUUGCUUCUAUGAAUGAGGCUGAGAGUGCCUACGUUGCUGUUUACAAUACAGGGAGGACUAUACAGAAACCUAUUUGUUCUCAUUGUGGUAAAGUUGGACACACUAUUCAAAAGUGUUACAAACUCCAUGGAUUCCCACCAGGAUAUAAGACUAAUGCUGCGGAAUACAAUUACAGACCUCCAAAUCAGUUUCAGCCUAGGAUGCCAACGAUGCAGUCUCAACCACGGUUGUCUCAACAAACUUCUAAUCAAAUGGUGCCAUAUGCGAAUUCUAUGCAAAAAGCAAAUGCAGUGGCUCAAGUGUAUUAUGAGACUGGAAUGUUUCCAACUGAAGAUGUGUCGUAUGGUUCUGUUUCUAAUCAAUAUCCGCAGUUCAUGGUUCCUAAUGGUGUUCCUUCGAGUUUACAAGGGUUUACUCCACAACAAAUUGAUCAGAUGGUUUCCCAAUACAAGGGUCAAUUUCAGGUUCAAGAGCCUAUAGCUUCGUCUUCUGGUUCUAGUAUUCCUAGUGCUAUGGCUACGAUUUCUGAACAUGGUUUGAUGGCAGAAACUUCUACCUCUGAUAGUGGAUCUUCUAGUCAUGUUUGCUCUAAUCUAGAUUUGUUUACAGACUUACGACCUGUUACAGAUAUUACUGUGACAUUGCCGAAUGGUACCAGGGAACUUUCUCAGGGCUUGAUGAUUGGGAGGGGUAGAGUCUUUCAAGACCUUUACAUUCUGGCUACUGAGAAUACUUCCCUCUCGCCAUCUUUUCCUGCAGCAUGUUCUUUCUCUGCUUCUGUGGUUACUGAUGAUUCUCUCUGGCAUCAACGUCUUGGACAUCCAUCGCAUCUAGUUCUUCAGAAACUUGUAAGUUUGAUUCCUUCUUUGAAGAAUUCUUCUCUAUCUUCGCAUUGUAGUAUUUGUCCUCUAGCUAAACAGAAAAGGUUAGCGUAUGUUUCGCAUGGUAAUCUAGCUGAUAAACCUUUUGAUUUGGUCCAUCUUGAUAUAUGGGGUCCUUUUAGUAUUGAGUCUGUAGAAGUAUUUCUCAUAAAUCGCAUGCCUCGUCCUGUCUUAGCUAACAAAUCGCCUUAUGAACUGUUGCUUACAAAAUUGCCAGAUUAUAGUUUGCUUAAAAGAUUUGGUUGCUUGUGUUAUGUUUCGACUAAUCCUCAUGAACGUAAUAAGUUUUCUCCUCGAGCUAGACCAUGUGUUUUUCUACGGUAUCCAGUUGGUUAUAAGGAAUAUAAAGUCAUGGAUUUAGAGUCUAAUGCUAUUUCUAUAUCUAGGAAUGUUGUGUUUCAAGAAGAUGUUUUUCCUUUUAAGACUAGUUCUUUAUUGUCAUCUGCAGUAGUUAUGUUCCCUAAUUCCGUUUUACCUCUUCCUGUUCCAUUGCAUUUUGUUGAAAGCAUGCCUCUCAUUGAUGAAGAUUCAUUAGUUCCUACUCUACCAUAUGCACCAUCAUUAGCGCAUGAUCAUGGUACCAUUCCGGCUGACACUGCAUCUACAUCUGUUACAGAUCAUACUUCUGUAUCUAGCGUUAAGCCAAAGAGACAAUCUAGAGCUCCUAGUUAUCUGUCUGAGUAUCAUUGCUCUCUUGUUCCUUCCAUUUCUUCUUUACCACAAUCACCACCAUCAUCAACACUGCCAUCACCAUUACCACCACCACCACCACCACCACCUUCUCUUCUCAUUAAAUCUCUUCCUCCAUCACUUAAAAAGACUACGCCAUAUCCCCUUUCUUCUGUAUGGACUCUUGACCGCUAUACACCUCUGUUCCAAUCCCAUAUCUUUUCUUAUUGUGCUGAAACAGAACCGAAAACAUUCCAUCAGGCCAUGAAUUCGGAGAAGUGGACUAAUGCAGCAAAUGAUGAGCUCUUUGCUCUUGAACUUAAUAAGACCUUUGUUGUUGAGUCUCUACCUGCAGGGAAACAUGCGAUUCGAUGCAAAUAG